AUAUUCUCUACAUAUUAUAGUGAUGACUGGAAAUUCAUAGAUAGACUCCACCUAGAUAAUCACACUGGAUCUCUUACCAUCACAAACAUCAUGCAUGAACACAGUGGAGUAUAUGAACUAAGUAUCAAGGUCGGAAAUAAGGUGCCAACCGAGAUUUACAGUAUUACUGUUUAUGCUCUGCUGCCCAUUCCUGUCAUCUCUAGUUACUGUAUACAAAAUCCUUUAUCAAAAUGUUCAUUGCUAUGUUCAGUGGUAAAUGUGAGUCAUGUGACUCUCUCCUGGUACAAAGGAAACAGUUUAUUGUCCAGCAUCAGUGCAUCCAAUCUUAGCAGUAGUCUCUUUUUACCUCUGGAGGUGAAAUAUCAGGAUAAAAAUAACUAUAGUUGUGUGCUGAAGAAUCCCAUCAGCAACCAAACUCAACACCUGGACAUUAAUGAUCUCAACUGGCUGAGUUCAGAUACUGUCAAUGGUUGCCAUACUGUUGAAGUUGUGAUCCGAUUAGUCGUCACUGCUCUGAUGGGCGUGGCUGCUGUGGCUGCCAUUGUUGUUCUGGUUUAUGACAUUAAAUCCAGAACAGGAGAGAAGAAAACAAACAUCAUCUUAAGAUGCCGAAGAAUAUUGUAAACAAGAAUGUUAAUGUUUUUUGUUUGUUUGUUUGUUUUCUAAGUAAAGAAACUAUUGUUUGAGACAGAA